AUGUACGACACCUCGACCAUGCAGGCUAUAGGGCUCCUGAGAGGGGGCGCCUCUGGUAAGGACCCCAGGGGCGUUGCCGCCCCUGGGAUGGCCCCUGGGGGUGCCACUGCACUUGACAGGCCCCUGCGAGGUGCGGCUGUCCCUGGCAGAGCUGCUACUGGCGCCAACGCACCUGAGAGGGCCUCUGGGGGCGCCAGCUCCUCUGCCAUGGCCCCUGUUGGUGCCACCGCCCCUGGCAGGGUUCGUGGGGGCGCCACCGCAUUUGGCAAAGCCCAUGGGGGCCCCGCCGCCCCUGGCAGGUCCCUUGCGGGCAUCGCUGUUCCUGGGAGGGCCCCUGGGAACGCCACUACCUCUGGCAGGGCCCCUGGUGGCGCCGCUAUCCUUUUGAGGGCUCCUGUUGGCACCACCGCUGAGAGAGAGUCCAUGGGACCACCACAUCCCCUGGCAGGCCCUUGGGGCUGGCGACACUACUGGAAGGGCCCCUGGGGGUGCUGCACCUUGUAG